AAACACACUAAAUCGAUUUUUCCUUUCUAGUUAUUAUGUCGAAUCAAACAUACAUGUACGCCUAUGUAACGCUGCCUCAUCAUGACCAGAGCGAAUGGUACUCUCAGAAAUGUUACCGAGACGGAAGACGAGUGGUGUUGGCAAGCUACGACUUGAAGGGACCUGAGAGCUUCAGUUUCAAAGAGAAGCUUAGAAAGUCGGCUAAAGGAAUGAAUGAGGCGGCUGAGCAGUGGGUUUCAGAAGUACGAAGAGGUACGACCAAAAGACGUUUUGCGAUUAGAGUUUUAAGGACAAAACUUGGCUUCUAUUCGUUCUUCCUUCGUGGGGUCGGUUGUAUUACAUCUUGUUUAGGCCAUAGAGAUGAUUUCAUGAAGUAAUUACGUAAACCCUAAAGCAUUUAUCUAUGCAGGUAAGUAUUUAAUUUUAUAUAUAUACACACAUACGUGUGUGUUUUCAAAGGAGGGUUUCGGGUGAAUACUUCAGUCUUUAACUUUGGAACAUUGUGAGUUAUUUACGGUUUGGGUGAUCUUGC